AGUGAGCACUGAGACUCAGGGCUGUGCAGUCGCAUCUCCUUUGAGCUCGGUUACUCUCAUUCUCAGAAAGCUUGGCUCUCUCUUUUUCUCACAGCGGAAAACACUGAUCCAGAGACAAAUACAUUCCCUUUUGGAAGCAGGGCGGAGGUUGUGGAGAGGGUUAAGGGGAGGGAAGUAGAGCUGAGGGGUGGGUGGGUGGGGGCAAGACUUGUCUGGGGAGACCAUGGCCAGGUGUUUCCCUUUCUCUUCAUCUGUGGGCCAGAGCAUCCCUACUGUCUCCCCAAAGCCAUCUCCAGCAUUGAAGAUCAAAGAAGAAGUCCCAGGUCCUUCAGCCACCUGGAUACCAACUAGUUUACCUCCCAGGGCUCAAGGGCAAAAGAGGAAACAUUCAGACAGGACACUUACAGGAACCCAGGACAGGUGGGCUGUGAAGGGCAUGUUUGGUCUCAAAAUGCAGCUGAAGAGACGUAGGAUGUCCACAGUGAGGCCUGAGGAUCACAAGGCCUUCAAUAGGCUGCUAGAGGAUCCUGUCGUCCAGAGCUUCCUGGCCUGGGACAAAACACUUCGGGUGUCAGACAAAUAUCUCCUAGCAAUGAUCAUAGCCUACUUUGCCCGGGCGGGCCGUCCUCCCUGGCAAUACCAGCGCCUCCACUUCUUCCUGGCUCUCUACCUGGCCAAUGACAUGGAGGAAGAUCGCCAAGGGCCAAAGCAUGGCAUAUUUACCUUCCUUUUUGGCCAGGACCGCACUCAGCGUGUCAAGUUCCAGUGGCUUCGGGCACAGCUCUUCAGGGCCAUUGGUUGGAAGGCAUGGGUUACCCGAGAGGAGUGUGAGGAGAUUCAGGCAUAUCAGCCUGAUCAUUGGGUGUGGAAGCGUGACCGGGCCCUCCUUCAAUAGAACUCCAUAAUAAGGAGCCUGUGAGUAGUAGCUGGAGGCAGGAACAGCAGAGGAGGGUCCUCAUCAGAGCAGAGCAGAGCAGAGAUGAGAUGAGAUGAGAAGAUGGUCCAUUCAGGAGUGUGAAGAAGGAGCUGUCACUCCUUCUACUUACUGCUUAAGAGGUCCUAACCUCACCGACUUUAUAGCAAAACCAUCAGACAGACCUAGUCAGCCCCAGACUGACCUAGUAAGCCUAGGCAGAUCUGACUAGUCACACACAGACAGAUACAUCUGGAGAAGUCAGAUACAACUAGACUAGAGCUAUAACUAAGAAUUUUUGUGUCCAGGGCAGGGCAGGGUGGUUAUGUGUGUGUGCGUGUGUGCGUGUGUGUGUGUUACUUAUCUAGGCUGCAGCUGACAUAGGGAGGGAUUAUACCCUGGGACAACGUACUUAUCAUCCUUUCAGUUUUGGCACUCUGGGGGCAAAGCCCAGGUAUUCUGACCUGGUUAUAGCUAAAACAGAGUCUCAAUCAUACCAAUCCAAUGUAGACCAACUGGCCCAGUGAGAUACAAAGUCGUAGGUAAUAUAAUAGAAAGACACAGACAGAUCAGGUUAUACAGACAUACAUGCGGAUGCAUAGAAAGAUAUAGUCAAGCCCAGUUAUUCAGAUCCAAGCAGAUGUAGUCAGUAGACCCAGCCAGAUAGAUCCAAUUACAAACUGACAAGCAGACAUUGUCCUACCCAGGAAGCUAGGUAGUCAAAGACAGUGGAAUAGAUCAGAGAGAGAAACACAAGUAGAUGUAGUGAUACAGUGACAUCCAGCUGGAGAGGUACACUUAAAGCACGCAGGAGCUACAGAAGAGGUGAGUUAUGGGUUAUGUAUAAGGUUUAAUGGAGCAUACUUCAAUAAUUUAAGAAUCUGAUUUAGAUCAGUGUGGAACAGACCCCACCCUGAUGCAGACUGCAGCUUCACUGUGCCUUGGUAGGUGGUUCCAUCACCCAGUAGACAGGAUUCUGGUGUCAGCCUUUCUAUAUUUCCCCCAGCUUGUCCUGGAAGGCACCCACACACAGUCUGGGCCCUUCCACUCCGACCUUGCCAGAACUUGAAUUUCCUUUGCAGUCUUUUUGCCAACUCCCUAUUGCCUCCAUGUUAUACUGAGGCAUUGGAGGAGGAUUGUGGUUAGGCCUAAAUCUCUUUAUGAUCAUAAGUGUAUACAUCAGAGCCUACAUGCUUUUUGGAGGAGACCUGAUGUAGGUGGUCAGGGAUGCCAAAAUUGAUAGCCCUUGGGAAGAUAAAGGCCAAACUAUUUUAAUGAAGGAGAAGGGGAGGAAAGGAGGGAGCUGGGGAAUGGGAAGGGAAGGGAAGGGGUAGUGAAGGGGAAUCGAAAGGAAAAGGGAGAAUCAAGAGGACGUUGAUGGAGAAAGAAGGACAGAGAAAAGAAAGAGCAGAAAAAUGAAGAGACC